UAAGCCCAAGACUUGAGCAAUAUUCCACUUCUUGAGUUUUUCUUCUGAAUGUUCUACUUUCUUUCAGGUGAAAAUUGUGGCAAUGAAUGAGAACGUCACUCUUAGAUCAGCCCUCGAUAAAAAUCUGAGGAGCGCUGUGACAGCAGCCUUCCUCAUGCUCUCUGAAAGCUUCUCCGAAGAAGACCUGUUUGUAGAGAUCGCUGGACUCUCCUAUUCAGGCGACUUUCGGAUGGUCGUUGGAGAGGAAAAGACGAAAGUGUGGAAUAUUGUGAAGCCCAACGUAGCCCACUUCCGGGAGCUCUAUGGCAGCAUACUGCAGGAGAAUCCCCAGGUGGUCUAUGAAACCCAGCAAGGCCGACUGGAGGUAAAGUGGGCAUGCAGGUAGUUGUUUCUGAGUCAGGAGCUAAGAGGGAACUGAGAAAGGGGUGGCGAUCCUGAGCCAGUGGGGUAGCAUUUAUGUUUUAUAAAGUGAGCAUUGUUUGUAAACAUUUAUUUCCAUGUAUUGGAACAGUGCUGAAAGGUAGCAGGUGGAAGGGGGCUGCCUUUGG